UGGAAAUCUCUGAAGAUGUCCGCUGAACUUGUGGCUAACACUGCGACUCGUGGUCUCAGAUCUCGAAGAGUGCCUGACGAUAAACGCAAGCGGGCUGCUCAGGCCUGCGACCGUUGUAAGUCGCGGAAGAGCAAGUGUGUCGGGUUAGAGAGCGGGAGAUGCCAACGGUGCUCUCGGGAUGGGAGACUGUGCAAGCUUACCAAGGAAUCGACGCCUCCCAUGCCGACAAGGCCACCGGUCCCUCCCGUGAUGGAUGAAUCUGCGAGCUUGAAGCCUGCAGAUGGUAUUGACAACAGCGGUACCAUGAAGAUCACUUGGCCCAAGUUUCUGCUACAGCUUCGGGAAGCACUGGCCUUGGACUCCCGCACGGAGUUGAAAGAGCGCGAUAUGAUGGACAUGCAGACCCAAUUCCACCAACCGAUGAUGCCCCAGCCAAGCGAGAUCCAUCGCAUCCAGAGAGCCUCUCGAGCUCUCCCGCCAAAGCCAGUCGCCGACUUUCUGAUAUCAGUGUGCUUAACUCACGCGCACGAUGUCUUCUUCUAUGUCGACCAGGCUCAGUUCUUGGCCAACGUCGAUCAACUUUACACAGACUCGACGUCCCCUCUACGCCUGGAUAGCGGAUUUGUUUGCUUGACUUUGUCAAUGCUUGCGUUGGGCAGCCAAUGGACCGAACUAGAACGACCGUCGAGCUUUCCGGCUCACCUUCGACCGAAUGGCGGCGACCCUGGUCGAGUGUUUUAUGAGGAGGCUCGGACCCUUAUCCCCGACCUCAUCGAUCGGACAUCUUUGACUUCUAUCCAGGCACCAUUCAUCCUAGGGAUCUACUCCCUCCCCGACAGAGCGCUUGGCUCGGCCUACGCUUACAUGGGUCUGGCUUUGCGGAAAGCUGUUGCCCUCGAGCUUCAUCAGCAAACUGAUGCCUCGGCACUAACGGAUCACGAGAAACAAAUUCGGUGUCGUUUGUGGUGGUCUGUAUACUCUCUAGAACGAACUACAGCCAUCAAGCUCAAUCGGCCACGUUCUAUUGAUCCCGACGUGAUCCUGACGCCACUACCUACGCCGUUGUCAUCCAUUGACAGCAUGCAGAAAGUGGACAAUAUUCAACAACAGAUAGCAUACGCAAGUCUAAUAAAAGUCAUUGACCGUGUUGCUGAACUCGGAACCCAUGAUUCUCCGAUAACAGAUGUCCUGCAACAGGAGCUCGAAACCUGGAGAUCAUACCUUCCGUCGAACUUGAAAGUAGAAAACGUUGGUCCCAAAGAUGUGACUUAUCGAGCCGUCUUCCACCUGCACCUGAACUACCUCUACGCCUGGAUUUUGCUAGGGAAAGGUUCUCUGUUGAAUACGAUUCAAGCGCAUGUCCGGGCACAAAGCGGGCACCCGGGGUCCGAGACCGUCGUCUUUGAUGAGUUAGCACGGUCUUGUGUCAAGGCUAGCAAAGGGAUUCUUCAUCUUUGCGAGACCCUUGCACACAACCAAUUGAUAUUCCGGUUCUCAUUUACCGACUUUCAAGGCUGCAGUAUUGCAACGAUAGUGGCUAUACUGGCCGGCAUCAUCGAGCGAGAUCCAGAGUACGACUCCCGGGUAACCUUCGGGCUGAAUCACCUGCGGACUAUGGCGUUGGGCAACUUACCGGCUGAGAUCGGGGUGCGGUUUGUGGAAGAUUUGCAAACUAUCGCUAAUGAAGCGUACACAAAGCUAGGGAGCACGUGGGCGGCAGAUGGACAGGAUGCACUGUUUGGAGAGACUCGACAAGAAACACGUCAAGCUGCAGGGUAUAGUCAGUGGGCGCAAUGGGCUUCGUCAAAUCCAGGUUCCUAUGCCGGGCAACAGCGCAACGUUCUAUUUGAAGUUCCACCUAUCCACGCGAGUGGCGCUCCGGUAGGAGAUAUUUCACGAGCGUCGACAUCACAUCAGAACUUGCCGAGCGCUGCUUUUGCCGGACAGCCCCAGUUCCCUCAGAAUAUAUACUCCGCAGAUAGAGCGUUACAGCUGGAUACUGACCCGCAAAUGAUCUGGAGUCAUGACGAUCAAUUCGCACUCAUGGGAUUUACGGGCUUGGAUCUCCUCGAAUUCGAGGCCUUUCCCACACAAGUUGGCCGAUUCGAUCCGACUCACGUCUCAGAGGGGUCGGUCUCCUGAUCGUCACAUCGAAAUAACAGUCUCAUUUGGAUGGUACUACUCUUAUCGGGAUUUCUCCGUCUUCUUUCAGUCCUUCCCAUCGGCUCUUAUACACUCGACCCUCCUUCAUCACCCCGAGGACACACUGCUGUGGUCGGUCAAAGAUAGUUACAUCGUCCAAAGGAUUGCUAUUGAGAAAAAGCAAGUCGGCCCAGAAUCCUUCCUUGACUUGACCAAUUGAGUGCUCUUGACCCAUCAUCUUGGCUGGGUUGAUGGUUGCGCUUUGCAGGAUAGCCAGCGGAGGCAGGACCUGCGCUCUCAGCGCAAAUUCAUGUGUCUGUGCUAUGCCAAGGGGACCGAGAAGGUCGCUUCCAUAGCAGAUCGUGACGCCCGCGUCGUAUGCAAUCUUCAAGCUAUGCAGACCAGCUUUGAGAACUUCGGUGUUCUUUGCCUGCCCGCUUGCAGGGAGGUAGCCUCGCCAGCGUUCCGAAUCCAUCUCGGCGUAUGAAAUGAGCGUUGGAGUCAAGUAGAUUCCCUUUUCAGCCAUCAGUUUGGCGACUUCUUCUGUGACGAAAUUGCCGUGCUCGAUGCCCUUUACACCAUUGUCAAUGGCAUGCAUAAUGGCUUUGGGGGUGUAUGCGUGUGCGGUCACAUAGGUUCCCGCGUUGCUUGCACAUUCGACGAUGGCCUGGAUUUCAGCCUUGGUAAACUGCAGCUGUUCGAGAUGGUCUGUGGGCGUCGAUACACCGCCGGAGCCCAUAAUUUUGAUGAAAUCAGCACCGGAGCGAAUCUCCUCGCGGACAGCCGUCAUGCAUGCGGGGACGCCGUCGCAAAUGCGACCGAGUCCGUUUGUGUGACCCGAGCAGCACUGGACAUGAUCAUGCGAGCUGCGAAUGUCGCCAUGUCCUCCUGAUUGAGAUAGAGCGUGUCCCGCAAUAAAUAGUCGCGGACCAGGGAAGAUUCCAUCUUCUAUGGCCUGUUUGAGGGCAAGCUGGGCGCCGCCGCAGUCACGAACGUUGGUAAAUCCGCGAUGCAGCAUCUGAGUCGCAACGUACGGUUGUCGAAGCAAAGAUACAUCAUUGAAGUUUCCAAACGCCAUCGAUAGAUUAUCGAAACCUGGAACAGCGACAAAAUGGACGUGGGCGUCGAAGAGCCCGGGGCUCACGUAUUUACCCUCGCAGUCAACAGCGACAUAGUCCUCUGGCAGAUCGUCGGGAAUCGAUGAAGAAAUCGACGUAAUCUUGCUAUCUUGAAUGAAAAUAAACUGAUUUUCCUUGAUGUCGCCUGCCACGACAUCGACAAUGUUGGCAUUCGAGAUGAGAUAAGGUCGGGGCUGCGGCCGUAGCCAUGGCUUGAUGUCUGCUGCAGAGGCCAUGUUGAUGUUAUGGAGGGUAAGAAGAUGAAUGAUGAAUAAUGAGAUAAGAAGAAUCCACGACUUGGGCGACCGGAUUAAUUAAUACGAUAAGCAGCUGCUCUGCAGACCAGCUGGCAACUGGCAAGUUGGGCAAGAAUCGGCAGCGAGCUACCGAUCGUCGGCAGUCUGCAUACCGACUCCCCCACUGAGACCUCAGCCCGCAUUCCGGUCGGCAACCUGCCACGCCAAUCAGCGCUGACCAUUCUGACUUUGGAGACACUUAUCAGCGGGAAUCCGCUCGUUCCAUUUCCAGGG